AUGACUUCCAAGAUCAUACACAUAUCUAGUGAAGAACUUGUGCGCUCUUACGUCGGGAAGUACAAGGAUUUUAGGCUUCUAUCACUGCAAGUCGCACCUGAAGCUUUUGCUUCCAACUACUCAAGAGAAGCCGCAUUUUCAUAUGAAGUAUGGUACGAACGUCUUGCAAAUCCACACGCAGCAACUUUUUUUGCGCUUCAGGAUUCUAAGAUUGUCGGUACUAUUUCAAUCCUCGGUCCAUUACUUUAUGGCCCAGAAGAGAUGACGGCCCUUGGAAAUCCAUGGCAAGCGAUUGGUGAUGGGACAUCCAACAGACAAACAACAGGCCAUUAUCGAAUCAAUGGUUUGUUUACUCUACCAGAGAUUCGUGGAAGAGGGGUUGGAAAGACGCUUAUUGAAACGGCCUUAAGAUAUGCAGGAGGUGAAGUAGCCUUACAGGGCAGGGCGUUUGUAUGCAGUAUUGUGGUCGAGUCCGAUAAUGCUGGAGCUCGGAGAUUAUAUGAAAAGUGUGGGUUUGUGGUCACAAAAGAGGUGCCCUAUGGAGAUGUGUCAGUCAUUCUUAUGAAAACAUCAGGCUAG